UUUUUUUUACUCUAUGGUUUUUUAUUUUCUUUCGAAUUUAGUAGCAUUAUAAUUCUUCUGCGUUGCGUUUUCGUCUGUACAUACGUAUGUAGUGAAUUCAGAUCGGAAUUAUUGAUGAACUGUUUAUCCGUAAUUCAUCAAAUACUUACAAGACUCCUAUAUUUAGUUCAAAGUGAUUCGUGUGAGUAGAUCGUGUAACAAAAUGGCAGAAGAAGUACCUGUUAGUGAUGUUCUUUGUGAAGCUAUGGAAUAUUUGUGCAAGCUCGGAUCGAAUUUGAGAACGCGCUCACAGAACCUAAAGGAUAAGAGAAUUAACAAAGACAAGUUACGAAAUACCCACGCGUUGCGUAAAGCGGCUUCUAAGGUGUUAUUAAUAUGCGAAUUAUCAAAAAAAUCGCUGGAGAACGUCGAAAACGGCGUGAAAAGGGUGUUGACGCUUGUAGACGCUUCGCGGUGCUCGCCUGUGACAGUUGGCGCCAAAGAUGAAAAUCGCCCUAGGAAUAAGAAAAACUAUUUCUACUUUGAAUAUGACUCUUGUAAGUUAAGAAUUUCAGAGAAGAUUUUACUAGCCCAUUAUACGUCGGUCAAAGUUCAUGCUAAAAGUAUGCCUGAGUCUAUGAUGGACAAGUAUCCUGUGUAUUACCACUGUAGUCUGUACAAGAAACGAAAACAAUCUUUGAAAAACAGUGGCAAAGAAAACGGCCAGAAAACUAGUAAAAAGGAGGAUAGAUCUUCUAAAUCUGCUGAGAGGGUUAAAGAAAGUGAAAAAUCAGAUUCAGAUGCCACAUCCAGUGACAAACAAAUCAAAGAUAAAAUGAAUAAGGAGAAAAAACUAAUAAAAGGCAAGUUAAAUUCAGAAGACCGAGAUAUUAGUACCAAAGAGAAGGAAUCGGGAGAAAAGGACAAGAAUAAGCUUAAAUGCAAGUCCAAGGAAAAGAAGUCCAAGGAAUCUGAAGAUGAAACAACUGCAGCUAUACAGAGUGAUGGCGGCUGUGAAGAUAGAAAGAAAGAAAACAAAAGUAGUGAAAAAGAAUGCAAAGACAGCCAGAAAGGACCCACUGUUGAAGCAAAAAUUGAGUCGGAAAGCACUGAAAGUGAUGGUAGUCCUCUAGACUCAAAACAAGUAGAGCAUGAGGAAAUGUCCAACAAAAAAGAAAGCAAAAUCAACUCUAGCGAUGAAGAAGAAAUUUAUAAGAAGUCUAAAAAGGGUACAAAAAAAUGUAUUCCUGACAGCAGCCAAGAAGAUUCCAAUGAUGACAAAAAGCUAGAAAAUAGAAAAGUAAAACAAGGUGUUGAUAGUGAUGAUAAGUCUAAACCAACUGACAAGUUAGAUUCAAAGUCUAAAAAUCGUCGUAAAUCUUCUAUAAGAAGUAACAGCGAAGAAAAGAAAUUAAGUAGUGAAAAAUCUAAAAAGUCAAAAUCAGCUAUAUCCAUAGACAGUGACUCUGACCAAAAGGACAAGAAUAAGCUUAAAUGCAAGUCCAAGGAAAAGAAGACCAAGGAAUCUGAAGAUGAAACAACUGCAGCUAUACAGAGUGAUGGCGGCUGUGAAGAUAGAAAGAAAGAAAACAAAAGUAGUGAAAAAGAAUGCAAAGACAGCCAGAAAGGACCCACUGUUGAAGCAAAAAUUGAGUCGGAAAGCACUGAAAGUGAUGGUAGUCCUCUAGACUCAAAACAAGUAGAGCAUGAGGAAAUGUCCAACAAAAAAGAAAGCAAAAGUAUCAACUCUAGCGAUGAAGAAGAAAUUUAUAAGAAGUCUAAAAAGAGUACAAAAAAAUGUAUUCCUGACAGCAGCCAAGAAGAUUCCAAUGAUGACAAAAAGCUAGAAAAUAGAAAAGUAAAACAAGGUGUUGAUAGUGAUGAUAAGUCUAAACCAACUGACAAGUUCGAUUCAAAGUCUAAAAAUCGUCGUAAAUCUUCUAUAAGAAGUAACAGCGAAGAAAAGAAAUUAAGUAGUGAAAAAUCUAAAAAGUCAAAAUCAGCUAUAUCCAUAGACAGUGACUCUGACCAAAAGGACAAGAAUAAGCUUAAAUGCAAGUCCAAGGAAAAGAAGACCAAGGAAUCUGAAGAUGAAACAACUGCAGCUAUACAGAGUGAUGGCGGCUGUGAAGAUAGAAAGAAAGAAAACAAAAGUAGUGAAAAAGAAUGCAAAGACAGCCAGAAAGGACCCACUGUUGAAGCAAAAAUUGAGUCGGAAAGCACUGAAAGUGAUGGUAGUCCUCUAGACUCAAAACAAGUAGAGCAUGAGGAAAUGUCCAACAAAAAAGAAAGCAAAAGUAUCAACUCUAGCGAUGAAGAAGAAAUUUAUAAGAAGUCUAAAAAGAGUACAAAAAAAUGUAUUCCUGACAGCAGCCAAGAAGAUUCCAAUGAUGACAAAAAGCUAGAAAAUAGAAAAGUAAAACAAGGUGUUGAUAGUGAUGAUAAGUCUAAACCAACUGACAAGUUCGAUUCAAAGUCUAAAAAUCGUCGUAAAUCUUCUAUAAGAAGUAACAGCGAAGAAAAGAAAUUAAGUAGUGAAAAAUCUAAAAAGUCAAAAUCAGCUAUAUCCAUAGACAGUGACUCUGACCAAAAAAGUAACAGUGUUACUGGAAAUGAGAGAAAAAAAAAGAAACUUGAUAAACAAAGUCACAAUAUAAAAAAUAAGGUUGAUGAAUCUGACAUAGUUCAUUUAGUUGAAGAUUCACCAAUGAAACCAAAAGAGAAUUUAAAAAGCAAGGUGAGCAAAGAAGAUAGUGAUUCUUCUACUUCGGACAAAAAACCUCUGAUCAAAACAGUUAGAUUCAUAGACAGUGACUCUGACCAAAAAAGUGACAGUGUCACUGAAAAUGAGAGAAAAAAAAGGAAACUUGAUAAGGAAAGUCACAAUAAAAAUAAUAAGACUGAUGAAUCUGAAAUAGUUCAUUUAAUUGAAGAUUCACCAAUGAAACCAAAGGAAAAUUUAAAAAGCAAGGAGAGCAAAGAAGAUAGUGACUCUUUUACUUCAGACAAAAAACCUAUGAUCAAGUUAGUAAGUCUUAAUAAGUUACUCAAGCCUGAUGUACUACAAAAAGAAAUUUAUGAUAUGAAUACUAAAAUCCCCUCAGUUUCCAAGACAUACAAGAACCGCAAAGAAAAAAGUAACACUCAAGAGGAUGAAAAGAGAAAAGCAAUUAGUGCCUUCAAGCCCAAAAAGUUUGAUGUUGUUGUUACUAGGCUACCAAAAUUUACAGAUGUAUUUUUGUGUGAAAAUGGGUUGAACAAAAUAACUCAGAAUGGAUCUGAGAUUUAUAGUUUAACAUCAUUAAAAAACAAGGAAAAAGAAAAAUCGAGCCUGAAAACUAAUCAUAAUGAUUCUAGAUCAGAAAGUACAGAAAAAUCCUGUGAUGAUAUUGAUCCCAGUAAUGCUGAAAAGAGUAAAUUGGAUGAAGGAAUUGAAGCAAGCAAAAAUGCACUACUCAAUUCUGAUUCGGAUGAUGUGGAUACCAACAAGCCAAAGAAUUGUAAAAAUUCUAGAAGGAAAUCUAAGGCUAUAGAAUCAGACUCCGAAAAAGAUGCCGGUAGUGACAAAAACAAAUCAAAAUCUUGUUCACCAAGUGAGAGGAACAAAACUAGAAGUAAAUCACCAAAAGACGUAGAUAAAAAUGGUAAAAUUGCUAAUGAGUGUAAAGAAAAAUUGGCUAGAAACAGUGACCCAGAAAACGUCAUAUCCCUGGAUUCUGUGGCCACUCCAAAGACGCCAGAAAGAAAAACGGAGAAAACUACACCACAAUCCAGAAGGAAAUUAAUUAUGGAGUCAAUGCAUGCAAAAAAGAUGCUAUUGACUUAUUCCUCAAGCUCGGAUACCGAUGAUGAUCAGCUGAAAAAUGCAUUGAAAGAAAUUAAAAACUCUCUUUUAAAGGGAUCAAGUUCAGACGAUGAACUAGAUGUGAAAAAGAUUGUUCAAAUGAAUAGGAGAAAGUUGGUUACUCCCUCGGAUUCUGAUGACAGCUUAAAUAUAAAGAAGAAAAAGAGAGAAAAGGAGCUCGCUAAAGGGAAGGAGCAGGAAGAUAGCAGUAUAAGCCAAGUGGAUGGAACCAAUGAUGAAUUUUCUAAUUCAAGUUGUAGCCAGAUGGGCCGCUCUAAAACAAAACCUGCCAGUAGCAGCUCUGAGAAUGUGGACUCAAUUGACUCAGAAAUUAAUAGAUUGUCAAACCUCAAGACGCUGAACCGCCGUCGGCGGCCAUCGGUCGAGAGGACGACUAGAAGCACCCGAAGAAUGCCGAAGGCGCCGCCGAUUAAAGACGAGAUGUUGGCCCUUGCCAGCUCGGGCUCUGGGUCAGACAGCGAACACGAGGCGGCAGAGAUGGAAGAGCUGCCCUCAAUUUCGAUGCCAAAGUUGAACGGGGACAGCAUCAACCACAUUGCCAAGGAAGACCUCCUGGCUCAGAGUGACCCGUCAAGCUCUGAAAAUGAAAAAGCGAAUGGUUCCGAGGACGACAAAAAAGAAUCAGACAGCGACGAAGACACUGUGAAGUCCACAAGACGCAAAGCAAACACCAUAGCGUCCGAUUCCGAGGCCGAAGCGGCGCGGAAGGCGAACAGAAUGAGCGACUUCGACUACUCUGAGGACGAGAGCGAGCCCAGGAAAAAGAGCAAGCGAAAGAAGGUUACUGAUAGCGACGGGUCCGCCUCUUCCAGCGAUGGAGGUAAAAAGAAGCGUCGUCGCAUCAAACAAGUGAAUGAUAGCGACGGCUCCGGGUCCGACACGGAGAAUGAAGGCAGAAACAAACAUGGAAGAAAGAAUAUUCGCAAGGUGAUGAGUAAGGACCAGCUAGAAGAGGCUACAAAAAAGGCGGCGCGUCAGGAAAAGGAGAGGAUUGCUCGUAUUGCCGAACGACAGAAACUGUACAACAACUUGGAAUUCGACGAGUCCGGCAAGCCUGACGAGGUGGUGCUGGACAAAGUGGUUUUGGACUUCGACCCAGAGACCAAGGAGCCUAUCAUAGAGGUGGACCGCGGGCUCGUCAAGAAACUCAAGCCGCAUCAGGCUAACGGUAUAAAGUUCAUGUGGAACGCGUGCUUCGAGAGCGUGAAACGCAUCAAGAAAGACCGUGGUUCCGGCUGCAUCCUCGCCCACUGUAUGGGUUUGGGGAAAACUCUGCAGGUGGUCUCCCUAACCCACACACUGCUCGCGCAUAGCAAAAUGACCGGCGUGAAGCGAGUACUAGUUGUCUGUCCGCUGUCCACCGUGCUGAACUGGGUCAACGAGUUCACCAUGUGGCUCAAACACGCCGAGACAGACACCGAGGUGGACGUGUUCGAGUUGUCGAGGCACAAGCAGAAUUCAGAACGCUCCUGGCAGCUCCAGCAAUGGGUGGAGUGUGGUGGCGUGUGCGUGCUCGGCUACGAGAUGUUCCGCAACCUCUCCGCCGACAACAACAAGAAGUUCAAGAAGAAGAUGCUUAAGACGUUCCAGGAGGCUCUAGUGGAUCCUGGCCCGGACCUUGUGGUGUGCGACGAAGGCCAUCUUCUAAAGAAUGAAAAAACAAGCUUGUCGCAGUCCAUGAACCGCGUGAGGACGUUACGACGCAUCGUGCUCACCGGCACACCGCUGCAGAAUAAUCUCAAAGAGUAUUACUGCAUGGUACAAUUCGUGAAGCCCAACCUGCUGGGCAAGUACAACGAGUACCUGAAUCGCUUUGUGAACCCCAUCACCAACGGGCAGUACACAGAUUCAACUGAACGGGACAUCUGCCUUAUGAAGCGACGGUCCCACGUGCUGCAUACUAUGUUGGACGGCGCUGUUCAGAGGAGAGACUACGGGGUGCUGGCACCCUUCCUGCCUCCGAAACACGAGUAUGUGCUGUUCAUCACGCUCACCGACAUCCAGAUCAAACUUUACCAACACUAUCUGGACAACUAUUCUAGAAGACCACUACCAGGGAAGUCAUCAGGCUUCCUAUUUCCCGACUUCCAGUCCUUGCAGAGGAUAUGGACGCAUCCGCUGGUCCUCAAGUACAAUUCCGAACGAUACGAGAUCAUGCAGCAGAAAAAGAGAGAUAAAGAGGAAGAAGAUUCGGAAGGUUCGCUUGCCGAUUUCAUCGAUGACGAUUCUACGCCGGAGGAAUCCUCAACAGAAGAAUCUACAGACGAUUUGUCAGACUUGAGUGAUGACAGUCGAAAGAAGAGCAAAAAGAAAACUAAAGUCAAGAAAGGGAAAGGCAAAGAUGCCAAGGCGUCAGGUCGCCGCAACACGAGAGCUAAUCCAGUGGAACUAGAAGAAGACAAGCCCAAUUCGGACAUAGAGGAAAUAAAAUAUGAGAACCCAACGGAGUGGUGGAUGAAGCUGGUUACGGAGGAAGAGUUGGAAGACAUCCGGCAUUCACACAAACUGCUGCUGCUGUUCGAUAUACUGCGGCAGUGCGAGGCCAUUGGAGACAAACUGCUUGUUUUCUCGCAGUCUCUCUAUUCCCUGGACCUGAUCGAGCACUUCUUGGGUAAAGUCGACGAGGCAACUCAGGAGGGGCGCAUAGAUGAGAAACUCGCGGGGCAUGUUGGCUCAUGGUCUCCGGGCGUUGACUAUUUCCGCCUUGACGGAUCUACAUCCUGCGAGAACCGAUCAAUUUGGUGUAAGAACUUCAACCGGGAGGAUAAUCCCAGAGCUAGACUGUUUCUAAUCUCAACCCGCGCCGGUGGUCUGGGCAUCAACCUGGUCGCCGCCAACCGCGUCGUGAUCUUCGACGUGUCGUGGAACCCCUCGCACGACGUGCAGAGCAUCUUCAGAGUGUACCGCUUCGGACAGAAGAAACCUUGUUACAUAUACCGCUUUUUAGCCAUGGGCACGAUGGAAGAGAAAAUCUACGAGCGACAAGUGACCAAGCAAGCGAUCUCGAAGCGCGUCAUAGACGAGCAGCAGAUAGACCGGCACUACGCCGCCAACGAUCUCGCCGAACUGUACAAGUUCGAACCUGUCCCCGUCGAGCCACGGCCCGUGCCCAAGCUGCCUAAGGACCGGCUCUUUGCUGAGAUGCUGAAAGACCACGAGAAUGGGUGUUUACAGGUGUUCAGGUUCCACGAGCACGACUCGCUGCUAGAGAACAAGGAGGAGGAGACCCUCAGCGAGGAGGAGCGCAAGAAAGCGUGGGAGGAGUUCGAGAACGAGAAGAAGGCUCCGCCCCCCUCGCCCUUCCCCAACACCUGGUCCAUGCACAACGGGAUGGCCGCCAGCCUUCUGCAGCAACAGCAACAGCAACUGGCGUACGCCGCGCUGGCCGCCAUGAUCCGCAAGGACAUGCCCAACAUCAAUGACAAUCAGAUCCGGGACAUGCUGCCUAUCAUCUGCAACGCCAACCCCGGGAUGUUCGGUGGAUAUGAUUAUGGCCUGAUGCAGAAGAUGAGCGAGAUCUACAAAUACGCGCAGCCCGGUAUGAUGAACCCCUCCAUGAUGAAUCCAGUCAUGAACCCUGCCGGGGGCAUGAGUACGAGCAGCAGCCUGCAGUACGAGCCGCCGUGGCAGCGCCAGCAGCAACAGCAGCAACAAAUGCGGUUGCAGCAGCUCAUGCAGCAACAGCAUAAUAUGGGCGCUAAGUACUACGCGGGCGGGCUGGGCAGCCGCGACCCCGUGGCCAUGGCGCUGCAGCAGCAGCGCGCGCGCGAGUUCCUGCUGGGCGGGGGCGGAGCGGGGGUCGCGGCGGGGGCGGGGGGCGUGGCGGCCAUGGCGGGGGGCGUGGCCGCGGGGGCGGGGGCGGGGCGCCCGCGCGGCCGCCCGCCGCUGCAGCCGCGCGCGCCGCAGCAGGGCGACGUCGUCAACCUCGCAGACUCCGACUAGACUCGAGAGGGUCCCCAAAGUGUAUAGUGAACAGAUGUGUACAGUGAACGAUAUAUAGGUGCUAUGGUGUAUGGAUCGACGCGUGCGCCGCCCCCGCCGCGCCGCGAGCCAAAUGUGGAGUCAUACCGCGUGUACAUACC